UCUGAUUUGAAAGGGAACUUUACUUUACUUACUAAUACUUACUUAUAGCUUAGGCCUAGGGCCUAGGCUAAUUAAUAAAAAUUACUAUUUGUGAUAGUGUAUUGGUAUUAGUUACCCAAUUAGUAUAGUAUUAGGGCAUAAUUAGGGGCCUAUUAACUAGCUUAAUUAAUAUUUUAAAUGUUUAGGCCUAGUUUAAUGACUAUCAUCAUCAUAUUUCCUUCCUAAAUUGCAAACUUCAUAUUCAAUAGUAUAGUAUUAUUAUAUUAAAACUUAUUAAUAUUAAGUAUUAUUAAGUUUCAGCCUGUUUACGAUUAGAUUUGGCCUUGCCUUAGUCAAAGCUUUCCACUCUGACUCUCCACUGUAUCCUAUCCACACUGGAAAUCUUUCCAGCUACAUUUUCCCAUAUUUUUGGCCUCCUCCAGUAUGAUACGUUGCCAUGUCAUUGUCUUCCUCUGUAGGCCCCUGGUUCAUUUGUCAUGGGGGCUUGUCUUGCUCUAUUGCCAUCCUUCUUCCUAAGUGCGUGCCCAAUCCAUUGCCAUUUCCUCUCCAUCAUACUCCAUGAUUCGCCUUUUUAUUGUUUCAUGUCCACACAUCUCCCAUAGUUUUGUGUUUUCUAGCUUGUCAUGCCAUUUAUUUUUAAUACACUCCUUAGGCACCUAUAGUUAUAAAGGUUUGGAUUCUUAUUGUUGAUUAUUGUUAUUGUAGGGUGUAGAAUUCCACAAGUAUCUAUUUACUGUUAUAUGAUAAUAGUUACAGUUUACACCAUAGAGGGCGGAUAAUAGAAGACUGGUUCAAAGAGCAAGACAGCUUUGACAUGACAAUCCUGGUAGCUUUUAUGCUAACCAGUGACCAGGGUUGUUAGUGCCAGUGGGAUAAUUUGGUGGUUCACAAGUUUUGGGUCAUUUGCCUGCUGGAAUAGCUAGGGAAUAAUACAUUGGUAUAACUAUAUGCGUUCACUAUGAACAGUAUGUGACCUAACUUCCAGCUGCUUUUUUAUGGAUUCAACUUAAAAAAAGUUUAAGAUUACAGUUUUAUAAUGUUAACUUGGACCAUUCGUUUGGAGGGUGGACCAAAGAGAGUUAAUCAUGCUGCUGUUACUAUUGGAAAAAGAAUUUUCUCAUUUGGAGGCUACUGCACUGGAGAAGACUAUGAGAAGACACGUCCUAUGGAUGUUCAUGUUUUAAAUACAGUGACACUACGCUGGACUUUGUUACCUUUACCUACAAAUGAUGAGGAUCUAAGAAACACACCCUACCAGCGUUAUGGUCAUACUGCUGUUGAAUAUGAAGAUUGUGCAUACAUUUGGGGCGGAAGAAAUGAUAGCAUUGGAGCUUGUAAUACUUUAUUUAGAUUUCGUGAGGCAAUACUGAAGUGGGACAAACCUGAUGUUACGGGUCCUAUUCCCGAAGCAAGAGAUGGCCACUCUGCAUGUAUAAUCAAUCGCCGCAUGUACAUUUUUGCUGGAUAUGAAGAAUUUACUGAUCGUUUUUCAAAUGAUAUGAACUAUUUCAAUUUUGAAACUUUUGAAUGGAUCCCUAUAGUUGUCAAUGGGAAACCAGCAAGGUGGAGAGAUUUUCAUACAGCAACAGCUGUUGGUGAUAUCAUGUAUAUAUUUGGGGGUAGAUGCGAUGUUGGUGGAGACCAAUUUACAAACAAUGAGAUUUACUGCAACAAAGUGAUGGCCUUUGAUACAACCUCCAACACUUGGUCUAGACCCACACCAUCACCUGAGGGUGCUCCAUUUGGACGACGGAGCCACUCAGCAUUUGAAUAUAGAGGUUCAAUCUAUAUAUUUGGUGGCUACAAUGGAAGAAUAGAAUGUCAUUUUAAUGAUUUGCAUAAACUUGAUCUAGCCACAAUGACGUGGACUAAAUUAAAUGUCACUGGUACAUGCCCUACCCCAAGACGAAGACAGUGUGCAAGUGUUGUUGGAACUAAAGUCUACUUCUUUGGAGGUACUAGUCCAAGGCUGUCAUCUGACAAAUCAGACUCUCCCAAUCAAUCAGAUUCUGAUCUCAUUGACAGAUCUGAUAUGUAUAUCCUGGACUUCGAGCCAACAUUAAAAACAUUAUCAUCAUUAGUAAUAAUUGAACAUAAGUUGGAUCGUAGCUGCCUACCUCAUGACCUCAGAUGGGAACUUUCUAUCAUGACUACAGACAACAAUAUAUCAAGAUUACAUACAACUAAUGGAUAGCUGCAACAUUCCAUCUAUUGGUUGAGAUUAUCUGGAGCAGUAUUUUAUUAAUUUAAUAAACAUAAAUGAAUUAAGGCACUUUAACCAUGUUUGUACAUACUUUUGUUGUUAUUUUGUAAAUCAAAAUUAUUUAUUACUUUUUGUUUAUUAUUUUCAUAUUCAUCUUAAAUCAAUUUUAACUUUUAAAAUGCAAAUUUGACAGAAAUAUAAUAUUAAAUUACAAAUUUUGUUGUUGUUAAGUGAAUUAAGCAUUCACAUUGAACUGCUGGUAAACUGUCUUCCUUUAUUAAUACAAUUGGAACCACUAAGUUACAUUAAUUCAUGUUAAUGUAGGAUCUGAUAAAUUUAAGCAAAAUUUGAUUAGACUAUCUAAUUCACUUGAGAUAUUAAAAUUUGGUCAUAUUA